AUGCAGCUAGUAGACUGGCUGGAUGACUUGUGUGUCCGCUUCAUUAUCAACCUGCCUCAGGAAGAGCUCGAAAGCGUUGCGCGCAUCUGCUUCCAGGUCGAGGAGGCCCAGUGGUUCUAUGAGGAUUUCAUCCGUCCCACUGACCCCUCCCUUCCCUCACUCAACCUGAGGGACUUUUGUCUUCGCAUCUUCCAACACUGUCCGCUGCUCUCCACCUUCUCCGACUCCCAACACACGGCCGCCUACCAAGAGUUCCUCGCCUACAAGACCCGCGUGCCCGUCAGAGGUGCCAUCCUACUCAACCAUGACAUGGACCAGGUAGUCCUCGUCAAGGGCUGGAAGAAGAGUGCCACAUGGAGUUUUCCUCGCGGAAAGAUCAACAAAGACGAGCCAGAUCUCGACUGUGCCAUUCGUGAAGUCUGGGAAGAGACGGGCUACGACAUUGCUGCUGCUGGUUUGGCCAACGACGACCAGAAAUAUAUUGACGUGACCAUGCGAGAACAGCAUUUACGAAUGUUUGUCUUCCGUGGUGUCCCUCUCGACACCUACUUCGAACCAAAGACUCGCAAGGAGAUCAGCAAAAUCGCUUGGUACCGCUUGACUGAUCUGCCGUCAUACACCCACAAGAAGCAUAACAAUCGCGUCAUCUCCCAUCAGCACGAUGGCAACGCUGACCAGGGCACUGUAAGCGCCAAUAAGUUAUAUAUGGUUGCUCCCUUCUUGCCUCCGUUGAAGAAGUGGAUUAAUCAGCAGAAAAAA